UUAAAAAAGAAUGUAUCGAUCACGUCCAGAAGCGAAUGGGUACACAUCUUCGAAAUGUAAAAAAAAAUACAAAAGGUCUUGGCGGAAAGGGAAAAUUAACUGGCAAACUUAUGGAUGAACUAUCCAUUUAUUAUGGAUUAGCAAUACGCCGGAAUCAUGAUUCAGUGCAGAAAAUGAGAGAUGCAAUCUGGGGAACACUGUAUCACAAGCUAUCGACAGACGAAAAACCGCAGCACGACAAAUGCCCGUCCGGAGAAGAUUCGUGGUGCUCGUGGCAAAAGGCUAAGGCUGAAAAUAAGUUGCAUGAAUACAAACAUAAGCCAGCCCUUCCUGACGAAGUUUUUGAAGCCAUUAAGCCUAUUUAUGAAAAACUGAGCAGUGAUGAUCUGCUUGAGCGAUGCAUCGGCGGUUUUACACAAAAUAGCAACGAAAGUUUCAACGCUCUCGUAUGGUCGAUGGCUCCAAAAGCUGUUUCCAGCGGCAAAAUUGUGCUUGACACAGUUGCAAAUUUAGCUGUGUGCACAUACAAUGACGGAAUAUCAAGUAUAAUGCAAGUUAUGAAACUCCUAGGCUUGACUAUUGGACAUAACUGUUAUAAUUACUGCUUGGAGACCGAUGCUCGCCGUAUUAAGUUUUCGGAGCUUUCAUUGUCUGAUGCUGCGAAAGAGGCCAGGACAUCAUUAAAAUCAGCCAGGAAAGAUGCAGAGCACGAGGAUUUUGAUAUGGAAGGUGAAAUCUACGGUGCAGGCAUUGCCGACUAG